GACUAUUUUAUAGUAAUAAAGCACUCUCCCCAAUUGUAUGGUUGAGAAUUAACAAUCUCACUCUUAUCUAUUUUGUAUAUAUUUGUCACUCUCAACUGAGAGAGAGAGAGACAGAGAAGGAGAAAGAGAGAUGGGAGUGGUGAUAAUAGACGGCUCGACGGUCCGAUCCUUCGUGGAAGACGAAGAACAGUUCAAGAAGAGCGUGGACGAGCGUUUCGCAGCCGUAGAUCUGAACAGCGACGGCGUUUUGUCUCGAUUGGAGCUUCGUAAGGCGUUCGAGUCGUUCCGGCUUAUAGAGACCCACUUCGGCGUGGACGUGGUUACGCCGCCGGAGGAGCUGACGAAGCUCUACGACUCCAUCUUCGACAAGUUCGACUGCGACAAGAGCGGUACGAUCGAUCUGGAGGAGUUCCGAUCUGAGAUGAAGAAGAUCAUGCUUGCCAUUGCCGAUGGACUCGGCUCCUCUCCCAUCCAGAUGGCUCUCGAGGACGAUGAUAAGAACCUCCUCAAGAAAGCCGCCGAUCUCGAGGCCUCUAAGAUUCAUCAGUGAUGACUGAAUCAUCCAAAGGGCUCUGAUUUGCUUUCUUUCUGUACGUACCUAUAGAUUUUCUUCUGUUUUUAUUUUCGUUUUUGGUAAAAAUAAGAUGUCUUGUAAUCUUCUUGGUGUAUUGCUCUAUAUAUAUAUAUAUAUAUAUAAAUUAACCAAAACAUCACUUGCAA